AUGUGGAAUGUAGGUCUGUCUGUUCACUAUUGUACUAUUCCCUUGCUAACGAGAGGACGUCACAGAUGCGGACGACAGUUCGCCAAGUACACCUGUCCAACUUGCAAUACACCCUAUUGCUCAUUGACAUGUUUUCGCUCAGAGAAACACGUACAGUGCACAGAGCCGUUUUACAAGCAAUCACUGGAAGAUGAGAUUAAAGCUGGACGGUCGCGCACUGCGGACGAGAAGAGGGCAAUGUUGGACAUGCUGAAACGGUUUGAGGAGCAAAGUGCAGAGGCUGAAGAGACUCAACCUUCGGACGAGGAAGACGAGGAGUCGGACGACCUGGCUGCCAGACUAGCGGAACUGGAUUUGGGCAUGUACCCUGCCCCACCCAAUCAUAUAUGGGAUAGACUCAGCAGUGAUCAGAGAGCUGAAUUUCUCCGUCUUGUUGGGAACCCAGACAGUGAUGCUACGCGAGCCUUGCUCACACAGGCAGAGUCUGUGGACCAGGUCGUUCUACCCUGGUGGGAAUUCACAGACUCUGAUACGAAUGAAUCGAACGAGGCCCAGACAGCAGACACGAGACCACAAAGCAAGUAUGGACAUGAGCCAAAAAUGUUACAGCUGCCCGAAGGAGCACUUAUGACGCAACGGGGGAAGAAAGGACCUGUGUUGGCAUAUAACAUGCUUGCUGUUGCGUAA